AUGGCAGAUAUUAAUGAGGGUUUGGGGAUUAGUGGUGAGGUAGACGAAUCGAAAGCAUCAUUAGAUGAGUUAGGUCAUACAGAUAAAGAUAAAAAAGAAGAAAAAGAAAAUGCUUCACUAAAUAAACAGCCUCACUAUGAACUGGCUGACGAAACUCUGGCGGGAGAAGGAGAUCUUCAAACAGAGUUAGAAAAGUCAGGGCUAAGUGUAAUCAAUUUGGUUACCGACAUUUCAAAGGAAAAAUGUUUGGCGGAUUCCAAACUCUUAGUUUUCUCUAACAAUCCCCAAAAGUCUAAAAAUUUAGAAGAAGAAAUACAACAAACAUGUAAAAAGCUUGAAAACACCAUUCAAGAAUUUGGCAUUCAAACACAGGUGGUUAAUGUCUCCCAAGGUCCAGUGAUUACACAAUACGAGCUGACCAUUGAACCUGGUGUUCACAUUAAUAAAAUUGUUUCUUUAGCGGAUAACAUUGCGUUGGCACUUGCUGCCGAAUCUGUAAGAAUUGUUGCUCCUAUACCAGGCAAGCCGGUAAUUGGAAUUGAAAUUCCAAAUAAAAUAAGAGAAAUGGUCACUCUAAGGGAUAUUGUGGAAAGGGAUGUUUUUAAAACUAAGAAAAAUGCCCUACCCAUUGCAUUAGGGUCUUCAAUUUCUGGUAAUCCGAUUAUUUCAGAUUUAUCAAUCACACCUCAUUUGUUGGUAGCAGGUGCAACGGGAAGUGGAAAAUCGGUAUGUGUGAACUCGAUCAUUUGUUCUCUACUUUUAAGGUGCACACCGCAUCAAGUACGUUUUUUAAUGAUCGACCCUAAGAUGGUGGAGCUCAAUAUUUAUAAUGGUAUUCCUCACCUAUUGGCUCCCGUCAUUACCGAUCCUCCCAAGGCUUCCGCUGCUUUAAAAUGGGCAAUUGCUGAAAUGGAAGCACGUUACCGACUUUUAGAAAAACAUGGUGUGAGGAAUAUAGCUUCUUACAAUGAAAUAGCCGAAAAAGCCGAAAAAAAAAAUGAUUCAAAACUAGGUAUCCUUCCCUACAUUGUUAUUAUUAUUGAUGAAUUCGCUGAUUUGAUGAUGGUUGCAAGAAAAGAAAUUGAAGAUUCCGUUUCAAGAUUAGCAGCAAUGAGUCGAGCAAUUGGCAUUCACCUCUUGCUUGCUACCCAAAGACCCAGUGUCGAUGUGAUUACGGGAGUUAUUAAGGCUAAUUUCCCUUCAAGAAUCGCCUUUCAGGUUUCUUCGAAAAUUGAUUCUCGAACCAUCAUUGAUUGCAUGGGAGCAGAAAAAUUACUUGGUAAAGGUGACAUGCUUUUCCAAAACGUCGCAUCCAAUGGACCUAAAAGAAUCCAAGGAACUUUCCUAAGUGAUCAAGAAGUAAGAGAAAUUGUAUCGGAUCUAAGGAAUAAAGGAGAGGAAGAAUACAUUCUUGAUUUUAAAGAUGGCUCCAAAUCAUUGAACAAUUUUUCCCAGGAUCAUGGAGAUGAAAUCUUUGAAAAAGCAAUUGAAAUUGCCAUGAAGGAAGGGAAGGUAUCAACUUCUUUUCUACAAAGGAGACUUAGAAUAGGUUAUAAUAGAGCUGCAAGGAUUGUAGAAAUUAUGGAAGAAAAAGGAAUUGUAGGAGCAUCUGAUGGUGUUAAGCCUCGAGAGGUUUUGGUUUCAAAUUUCUAA